AUGGAGGCUCCGGCCCCCGUGGCACCGAGUCUGAAGCACUGGCGCACCACGCUGGAGAGAGUGGAGAAGUUUGUGUCGCCACUCUAUUUUACUGACUGUAACCUCCGCGGCAGACUCGUUCGGGACAGCUGCCCCGUGGCGGCGCUCUCCAGCUUCCUGACACCUGAGCGGCUUCCUUACCAGCGGGCAGUAGAGCAGAACUUUCUUCCAGCGCAGAUCGGCGACUGCUUCGGACCCACAUGGUGGACGUGUUGGUUCCAAGUGGAGCUGAUCAUCCCAGAGGCAUGGGUGGGUCAGGAAGUUCACCUUAUCUGGGAGAGUAAUGGAGAAAGCCUGGUGUGGCAUGAUGGAGAGCCUGUUCAGGGUUUGACCAAAGAAGGAGAGAAGACCAGCUAUAUCUUGACUGAGAGGCUUGGAGAGGGAGAACCCCGGAGCCUGACUCUCUAUGUCGAAGUAGCCUGCAAUGGGCUCCUGGGGGCCGGGAAGGGGAGCAUGAUUGCGGCCCCUGACCUCGAGAAGACAUUCCAAGUGAGCCGGGCCGAGCUGGCUGUGUUCCAUCGGGAAGCCUACAAGCUCCUGGUGGAUCUGGAGCUGCUGCUGGGCAUUGCCAAGGGCCUGGGGGAGAACAACCAGCGCAGCUUCCAGGCCCUGUACACAGCCAACCAGAUGGUGAACGUCUGUGACCCUGCCCAGCCAGAGACCUUCGCAGCGGCCCAUGCCCUGGCCUCCAGGUUCUUUGGCCAGCGUGGAGGUGAAAGCCAACACACCAUCCAUGCCAUAGGGCACUGCCACAUUGAUACAGCCUGGCUGUGGCCCUUCAAGGAGACUGUGCGGAAAUGUGCCCGGAGCUGGGUGACAGCUGUGCAGCUCAUGGAUCAGAACCCUUCUUUCAUCUUUGCCUGCUCCCAGGCACAGCAGCUCGAGUGGGUGAAGAAUGACUACCCCGGCCUGUACGCCCGGUUGCAGACAUGUGCCUUGCGGGGGCAGUUUGUGCCCGUAGGGGGCACCUGGGUGGAGAUGGAUGGAAACCUUCCUAGUGGAGAGGCCAUGGUGAGGCAGUUCCUGCAAGGCCAGAACUUCUUUCUGCAGGAGUUUGGGAAGAUGUGCUCAGAGUUCUGGCUUCCAGACACGUUUGGCUACUCAGCACAGCUCCCACAGAUCAUGCGUGGCUGUGGUAUCAGACGCUUCCUGACCCAGAAGUUGAGCUGGAACCUGGUGAACACCUUCCCGCACCACACCUUCUUCUGGGAGGGGAUAGAUGGCUCCCGUGUACUGGCCCACUUCCCACCUGGCGACUCCUAUGGAAUGCAGUGCAAUGUGGAGGAGUUGCUGAAGACAGUGACCAACAACCGGGACAAGGGACGGACCAACCACAGUGCCUUCCUGUUUGGCUUUGGGGACGGGGGUGGUGGCCCCACUCAGACCAUGCUGGAUCGCUUGAAGCGACUCUGCAAUACAGAUGGGCUGCCCAGGGUACAGCUGUCUUCUCCAGGGCAACUCUUCUCUGAGCUGGAGAGAGAGGCAGGACAGCUGUGCACAUGGGUCGGGGAGCUCUUCCUGGAACUACACAACGGCACCUACACCACCCAUGCCCAGAUCAAGAAGGGGAACCGGGAGUGUGAACGGAUCCUGCACGAUGCAGAGCUGCUCAGCAGCCUGGCUCUGGCCCGCAGCAGCCAGUUCCUGUACCCAGCAGAAAAGCUGCAGGACCUAUGGAGGCUCCUACUCUUGAACCAGUUCCAUGAUGUGGUACCUGGAAGCUGCAUCCAGCUGGUGGUAGAGGAUGCUAUGAGAUACUAUGAAGACAUCCGUUCCUGUGGUAAUGAACUGCUCAGUGCUGCGGCCACAGCCCUGUGUGCCGGAGAACCAGGUCCUGAGGGCCUUCUCAUUGUUAACACAUUGCCCUGGAAACGCACAGAAGUGUUGGCCCUGCCCAAGCCUGGUGGAGCCCACACCCUAGCGCUGGUGACAGUGCCCAGCAUGGGCUAUGCUCCUGCUCCCACUUCCCAGCAGCCCCUGAUGCCCCAGCAGCCUGUGAUGGUAGUUGAAGAGACUGACGGUUCUGUGACUCUGGACAAUGGCAUCAUCCGAGUGAGGCUAGACCCGACUGGCAGAGUGACAUCCCUGGUCCUGGUAGCCUCUGGCAGGGAGACCAUUGCCGAAGGUGCCGUGGGGAACCAGUUUGUGCUAUUUGAUGACGUUCCCCUGUACUGGGACGCGUGGGACGUCAUGGACUACCACCUGGAGACACGAAAGCCAGUGUUGGGCCAGCCAGGGACCCUGGCAGUAGGCAAUGAGGGCGGCCUUCGGGGCAGCGCCUGGUUCCUGCUGCAACUCAGCCCUAACAGCCGGCUUAGCCAAGAAGUGGUGCUGGACCUUGGCUGCCCCUAUGUCCGCUUCCACACUGAGGUCCACUGGCAGGAGAGCCACAAGUUCCUGAAGGUGGAGUUCCCUGCCAGGGUUCGGAGCCCCCAAGCCUCCUAUGAGAUCCAGUUUGGGCACCUGCAGCGUCCUACCCACUACAACACUUCUUGGGACUGGGCCCGCUUUGAGGUAUGGGCCCACCGCUGGCUGGACCUUUCAGAGCACGGCUUUGGGCUGGCCCUGCUCAACGACUGCAAGUACGGUGCCUCAGUGCGGGACAACGUCCUCACUCUCUCACUCUUGAGAGCACCCAAAGCCCCCGAUGCCACCGCCGAUAUGGGGCGCCAUGAAUUCACCUAUGCACUGAUGCCGCACAAGGGCUCCUUUCAAGAUUCUGGUGUCAUCCAAGCUGCCUAUAGCCUCAACUUCCCCUUGCUGGCACUGCCUGCCCUGGGGCCAGCGCCGGCGGCUGCCUGGAGUGCCUUCUCGCUGUCCACACCCGCAGUGGUGUUGGAGACUGUCAAGCAGGCUGAAGGCAGCCCCCUGAGCCGCACACUGGUCCUGCGUCUGUAUGAGGCCUAUGGCAGCCACGUCAACUGCUGGCUGCAAACAGCCCUACCUGUUCAGGAGGCAGUCCUCUGUGACCUCCUGGAGAGGCGUGACCCAGCUGGCCACCUGCCUUUGCAUGACAACCGCCUGAAGCUUACCUUUUCUCCCUUCCAAGUGCAGUCCCUGAUGCUCGUGCUGCAGCCCCCACCUGCCUGA